AUGGAGCACCCAAUCUACAUCCUCGGCCUUGGCAACAUGGGUAAAUACGUCGCCUAUGCCCUGGGACGCAGCCAUGCACGUAAUUUGCCGCCGACAAGACUCAUUUUCCAUCGACGCGGCCUGCUCGACGGCUGGAUAGCGGCAGACCGCCGCAUCCGUUACUCUACCGAGUUUGACGAGAGAGGUCGAACCAUUGGAUAUCCACCGGCCAUUCGAUUCGGCGUUGAGCUGCCAGUGCUCGGGGUGAUCGACCCUAGACAAGAACACAUCAAGUAUCUGAUCGUGGCAACCAAGGCGCACCUGACGCGAGCCGCCCUCACGCCCAUCAAACACCGCCUGUCAAGAGACUCGAACAUUAUAUUUCUGCAGAAUGGCAUGGGUGUCAUGGACGAAGUCUCACACGCUAUCUUUCCCGACCCGGCAACACGGCCGACCUACUGGGCCGGCAUCUGCCACGCCGGCGUCUAUAGUACCUCCCGAUUCAGCUCCGUCCAUGCCGGCCAAGGACCACUGAUCCUAGGCAUCGCCGGAGAUUCCUCAACCAGUUCUGCGCUGCGCUAUGAUCAGCAUCCCCUGAUGAGGCUGCGGUCUGCCAAUGGUGGCAUGCUCAACGUUCAAGUUAUGGAACCGGACGCGAUAUUGCGACAUCAACUCGCCAAGCUCGUCGUCAACUCCAUCAUCAAUCCCCUCUCCGUCCGGUGCAAUUGCAAAAACGGGCGUGUACUUGAGGAUCCAGGGGCAAGACGUUUGUAUGACAAACUUCUGAUGGAGGCGGGUGCUAUCGUCAGGGCUUUACUUCCCCAAGGCGCCCUGGACGAGGAUUUUUCGGACACGGCUCUCGACGCCCUGGUCAAGCGUGUGGCACGGCAGACCGCCAACAAUAUCAGCUCCAUGCUGCAAGAUAUUCAAGCCGGGCGACGGACAGAGGUUCGGUACAUUAACGGCUAUCUCGCCCUCCACGGACGGAGACUGGGGCUGCCGCAUAGAACUCACGUCGGGGCCGUCUCAUUCAUUAGGAAGAUUGAGUCAGAUCCUUCUGUAAGUUAG